AUGGCCACCGUUGCUGCCGCUGUAACUCCAAACACUGACCUUGAAUCUCCCAAGAAAAACAGAAUUCAGGUUUCCAAUACUAAGAAACCUCUUUUCUUUUACGUCAAUCUUGCCAAGAGGUACAUACAGCAGCACAAUGAGGUUGUGCUUUCUGCUCUUGGAAUGGCUAUAACUACAGUGGUCACAAUUGCCGAGAUAUUGAAAAACAAUGGACUAGCUACUGAGAAGAAGGUUUUGACAUCUUCAGUUGGCAUGAAAGAUGAGAACAAAGGUCGUCUGGUGCAGAAGGCUAAGAUUGAAAUUGUUCUUGGAAAAUCUGAGAAGUUUGACAAUCUGAUGGCUCCUGCCUCCACUGAAUCAGAACCAGCUGCUGAUGACAAGAAAUGACAAAUAUAGAAGUUUCAUUAUUUUCAAUGCUAUUUUAAAUGAGCA